AUGACGGUAGAUACCACAGCAUGUCGUCAAUCAGCAAUUGUCAGAAUCCUGGACAGAAGCAACAAGGGCAGGCCGGAGGAGGGUGCGUGGGAGAGUGAGCUCCUACAACCAAAGGACAGCAGCCCGCUUGUCACAAGCUGUGGCCUGGGGCCGCCAAGCAUCGGACAUCGAGAGCGACGGGCCCGAGCAGAUCCAAUGAAGAUUGGAAAGACUGCAGAUGUGCAUGAGGACAUCGCCCGUGCCGCACUGUACUGCGCUUACACGGAUCGAGGCAUGUCACCUGCCGCCUGGGUCAUCGAGGUCUGGCCGCACACUUUCACAACACCCCUGCUCCGUUACAGAGUCCUUUCCAACCCGUCCGCCGGCCCCCUGGCGCGCAACCUGGCUUGA